AUGAAGGUCCAAGCACCAAUUACGCUCUGUCGAACGCUUCGCAGUCGCUUGACUGCCAUUUUCUUGGGGGGAGGACACGACACGUCAGUGUUGCCACCGGCUCCAUAUAAUGUGAAAGCUUUGGAAACUCGACACUCAGUAUCCCUCGCAAGCUCGACCAAAACCAAGUGGUGUGUCGGCGGCACAAAGGAUGAGGAGGACAUCGAUGGCAUUCCAUCUUCCAACAUCAUUUAUUACCCCAAUUAUAAUUCGUCUGGAAAGGUGAUUCCUGACGAUGACUCGGUGAAACGGGAGGUAGCCAUUGCGCAGCUGGCCUCAGAUGCCAAAAAGACCCCUCUUCCUAUUCAAUGCACCCCUGGAGUUAGCAUCGGGACUGAGGUUACAGCCUUUGAUUGGGUUAAAUCUGGCCAGGGAGAUAAUAACUUGAUUAGAGCACAGUACCUUCGUGUGCAGUGUCCCUCAGCUUUAUUCAGCAAGGAUUCCACAAACUGUUUCCAGCUGUCCAACAGAAGCGCCUUUGAUGUGAAUGACACGGGAUUGAAGCUUGCCUUCACGCCGGCCAGCGGUAGCAAUCAGCAUUAUCUUGGAUCACCAGUCGUUCUCAAUUAUGGACAAGCGAAUGCCACAGCUGUGGCAAUCAAAGCUUACACUUUCAAUGUGACUGCAACAGAAACGAUGAUGGCAGCUGCAAGCUUUAGUGACCCUGAGGUUUGGAGCUUUGUUUGUCAGUAUGCGGAAAAAUGCAUUGGUAACUUCACAACCACCACAUCAGUCCCAUCCACCAGCACUCCACUCAUCCCCACGACCACUCCUACUGGAGCCAUGAAAACACCUCCAGGACCUGACUCGCAACCUCCUCCUCCGCCGGGAAAAUGGGCCAAACAAACUCCAACAUUUCCGCCACAGAAGUGGAACAUUCAUCAGGCUGUGCUCAAUGAUCUUGGCGCGACUAACAAUUUCAGUGAAGCUUGGAAUCGCUAUUCCAAUGGCCUGGUUGGAAAGAAAAAUCCCACCAUUUGGUUACUAAUUCGCUGCCAGAAACAAGACGCUGCAUCAGUUCCUACAACGCUGAAGAAAUUUGACGAAGAUGGUGUCAUUCCACAUAAGCAAGUGUAA